CUGCUUCCUUCCAGCUUCGCGCGUCACUUGAGAUGCUUCACACUCUUUGACAUCUGCUUCCAGGCGUUGGAUUAGCUGAGUGAAAAAAAAGUCUGUCUGAUAAGACUCGGAGUGUGAUUGAAUCCCGGGUUUGUGCGUGCGGGGCGCGCACCUUUCCCCCGCUUGUGUGGAACUCGGUGCGUCCGCUCCUCUCUGCGCGCGCGCCUCCAGUCGGAGCGCAGACUCUGCUCGUCAGCGCACCGCCUGUUAGUCUCAGUUCUCCAAAUGUGACUUUGAGCGACAUCCGCGAGGAUGUAAUGAAACGAGACGCACUUGGACGUGGACUCAGAAGGACAAGAGUCUCCUGUUAGUUUGGUUUCCUUCUUCUUUUCUUUUUUCUGGCCGUCUUCUUCUCCAAAGACGAGUCUCCUCGCCGGCUGACGCCAGUCACUCUCCAGCUUUCUCGUAGUUCACCUUGGCCACACGAAGCUGUUUAUGUAAAGGAUGGAGAUGCUGGACAUUAUAGGAGAAGAAGGACUGGAGUCAGAAGGAUCAGCCAUCAUAGCCACUCUGUUGAACAGCAGCCUAAACAGUUCUGCCAAUUUCACCAACAUCACAUUUUUCCCCUACUAUCAACACUCUCUGUAUGUCGCCGCCGGCUACUUUCUGGCUUACACCUUCAUCUUCCUCUUGUGUAUGGUGGGGAACAUCCUGGUGUGUCUGAUUGUGCUGGAAAACCGAUGCAUGCGCACAGUCACAAACCUGUUCAUCCUCAACCUGGCAAUCAGUGAUCUGCUGGUUGGGAUCUUCUGCAUUCCUACAACGCUGGUGGACAACCUCAUCACAGGUCAGAAACUGUGCGACUCCAAUCCAACUUUUUAUUAAGAGGACUAUAUUGUUCAAUGGCAUUAUUUCACACAUGAACCGUCUUGCUCUUUACAUGACUUUGAAUUGGGAGGUGGCUGUCCCAACUUCUAACACCUACAUUUUUAAGAUAAAAUUGGAUUUCAAGGAUUUAUUUCUUGUUAUUUCUUUAUUUAUGUGUCCUGGGGUCAAACAAUUAGAUUAGUUAACCAAUGACUUGAAUUCUAUG